AUGUCAGCUCUAGCAGCUAGGCGAGCAGCUCAGACAGCACAGAGUAGCUCCUCAUCGCCAGCUCCUGUUCGAGCUGCCGCCGCGACGAGGACUGGCACAAGAGCUGCUUCUGUCAGCUCCGCCAGCUCGCAAUCUGCAGAGUCAGAGGCCAGCGGUGAAGAAUCAGAGGCCGGGCCCAGCACAUCGUCGACUCCAGCCCACCGCGCUAAGAAGCUUCGGUACUAUGCGGCUCCUGCGGAGGUACUAGAGCCGGGCGAUUCCAGCUCAUCUGCGGCACCUUCAAGGAAGGCGAAGCGGAAACGGGCAUACUCGCCAGGCGCCCCGGUCGACAGCGAUGGAAGUGAGGACUCCUCCGCCGCAGGCGAUGAGGGUGAAGAGGAGACGGGUAUGGAGGAUGCCCCUUAUGGAUCUACGAUGACUACUCCACGCCCAGCCGGGCAAGAAAGCGGCCAGCUCGCUACAACCAACUUCUCACCUAGGCGAGGAGUCAAUGUCGAGCUCCUAUCAAUGGCUGCUUUGGCUAAGGCGGGUCUGCAAAAUAUCUCGGGGUCUGGGCUCAUAGUCAGCUUAGCCCCAAAUGAGAACAUAUCCCUUGCUGGCGUCUUCCACCUCGUACCUCUCCAGCGACCUAUCGAUAUCUUCUCUUCCACACUCUCGCCCUCUCCAGAUCCACAAGCUCGGCAUGCUGUCUUUGCACCCAUCUCGCACCCUAUCCCAAACAUCUCGCACGCUACCGCCCCGGCAAGAGCGCAAUCACCGCUGAUUGCCCGACUGCCACUUCCAGCGGCGUUUGACAUAGCAUCGUCUCGUGCUGUCUUUCUGAUACUGGAGCAACAUACUGGAAUCGAGGGUAUGCGGGGAGGGGCGGUACCAGGGUUCAAUACCAUUUGGGGGGAUGAGAAGGGCUGGCUGGGUCUGAGAGGGGUUCAUGCUAUUCCCGGUUCGAUUCUUUCAACCUGCUACCCAUAUACUACCCCGUCCUCUUGGUCUACGGCCCUCGACAGCCUCAUAUCGCGCGGUCAGGCGAACGGACACACUCAUCACGCCUCAGCAGCGGAUGAAGCCGAGGAUUGUCCCAUCGUGCUCGUCAAGGGUCCCAAGCGGAGCGGAAAAUCGACUUUGGCCAGAGCAGCACUAAAUACGCUCUUGGGUGACUUUGCAAGGGUUGCUUGGCUGGAGUGCGAUCUGGGACAAGGCGAAAUCGGAUGUGGUGGCGUUAUCGGUCUUUGGGUGAUUGAUCAGCCAGUAUUCGGACCUCCAUUCACACAUCCCUGUCAGGCCAACCGCGCCCACUUUCUUGGUACAUACACCCCUCUCACCUGUCCGGACGAGUACCUCGCCGCGAUAGACCACCUCAUCCAGCACUAUCGGUACGAACUCCAAUAUCCACCUUCUUCAUCUACACCCAAAUCUUCCGGAAGGUGCACCGAUACCAUCCCCCUCGUCAUCAAUACCCAAGGAUGGGUCAAGGGUCUCGGCGAAGAGCUGCUGCGCGCAUUGGAAGGAUUCGCUCAAGCCACCCAUAUCUUCGCGUUUGAUACUGCGGCGGACGAGUCAUUAGAGCGCCCCGGCUGGACUAGCAGUCCUACAUUACCCCCUGUCCCUCUUCCACCUACAUCUACUGGCCGGCCACCUCAGGUCUACACAGUCGAGCCUGCGCAAUCUACCGCGCUCCAGGCGAGGUACACAGCUAUCGAUCACCGUACCCUCUCCACCUUAUCCUACUUUCACUCUUCCCUCCCUCCACCUCUAUCUCCGUCAUCAGUCUCGUGGGACUUCUCAGCCCCUCUCAUCGCCAGGACGCCAUACGAAGUGGUGCUCGGUGAUGCUGUCAAGGCUGUCUACAUCAUCGGUGAAGGUUCAGACGGGGUCCUGCCCGAGGACCUCCCUCUCGCCCUCAACGGCAGUCUCAUCGCCCUCGUCGAGGUAGACAACCUAGACCCCGAGCAUCCGGUGUAUACCCAAAAUCGUCCCCUCCCUUCACUCGACGAAGUCAACUUCCUCGGGUUCGGCAUCGUUCGCGCCAUCUCCCCUUCCGUCGCCGCCGAUCAUCGCGGAUCAAAGAUCCACCUUCUUACGCCCCUCUCGGCGGAGACGCUCGGGCGCGUCAAUGCUAUCGUGAAGAAUGGGGCGAUGGAGCUGCCUACGGCGGGUAUGCUGGAUUGGCGGGAUCGCGGGGAGGAAGGAGCGGGCGGCGUGCUUGGCGUGCCAUGGGGAGAGGUGCCGUUCUUUGAUACGGGCGCCGGAGGGGUGGGAGUGGAGAGGAGACGAUGGAGGCGGAAUCUGAUGCGGAAGGGGAUGUAG